UUCCAUCAUGAGUGCGAAGCUGUGGACGGAGGAGCAGUUUAACUGCCCCGUGUGUCUGGAUCUCCCCAAUGACCCCGUCACCAUCCCCUGUGGCCACAGCUACUGCAUGUCCUGCAUCAAGGACUACUGGAGCAAGGACGACCCCAAGGGGAUCUACAGCUGCCCCCAAUGCCGCCAGACCUUCUGCCCCAAGCCCAUCUUAUCCAGGAACACCAUGCUGGCCGAGGCCGUGGAGCAGCUCCGCAAAGGGGCCAGCAAAGCCGCAGUACGUGAGUCCAUGCGGAUCGCCCGUGGAGGAGCCCCCUCGUCCAAAUCCAAAGGGAGGCUCUCCUCCUCUGCUGUGCCCUGCGACAUGUGCAAAGGAGAGCAGCGGGCGGCGGUGAAGAGCUGCCUGGUGUGCAUGAGCUCGUACUGUGAAGCCCACCUGAAGCCCCACCAGACCAAGAAGGCCCUGAAGCAGCACGAGCUCAUCGCACCCACCAGCAACCUGGCCGAGAAGAUCUGCACCCAGCACAAGUACCUGCAGGAGUUCUACUGUCGCCACUGUAAGGUGUUCGUCUGCUGGCUGUGCACCAGCAGCGACAUGCACAAAGGCCACGAGUGUGUGUCCACCAAGGCCGAGCGCCUCGAGAAACAGAAAGUGAUGGGGGAGCUGCAUACAGAGAACACUCAGAGGCUGAAGGACAGAGAGCAGGAGCUGAAGGACAUGAAGAAGAUGAUGGAGGUGGUGAAGCGCUCUUCAGACAGGGUGCACGACGACAUGGAGCAGGUGCUGUCGGAGCUGCAGCGCUCCGUGGAGCGUCUGCAGGAGCUGCUGGAGGAGGCGCUGGACCAGGCCAGCCAGGAGAAGAUGGGCCAGGCUCAGGAGGUGGUCGACAGCCUGGAGGCCGAGAUCAGGGAGCUGAAGAAGAGGGAGACGGAGAUGAAGGACCUGGCUCGCUGUGAGGACCACAUCCACUACCUGGAGACGUAUGAGUCCCUUAGCAGCCCUCUGGAGUCCGGAGACCUGCCGGCUGUGACGGUGAAUGCAGAAGCUUCCUUCGAACCGGUACGAGACGCCGUCCUGGACCUCAGGGACAAAGUGGAGGACCUGUGCAACCAAGAGCUGAGCAAGAUCAAUAAACAAGUCAGCGACACGACUCUGUUCACUCUGGGAGACGCUAACCGGAACUCGGGACAGAAAGGAGGGAUUUUUAAAUUGUUUUCUGGUCUGGGUUCUCGCAGCACAAACAGCCGUUCACCAGCUCCCACACCCAGCAUCUCAGUGGGAUCACGCAGCACAGACAGACGAGGGAUUGGUAUAGGCCUUAAAAGUCAAGACGUGAGGAGCAGAGACACACCAAGAGCAGAUCGAGGAAACACGAGCUCACCCAGACUGCGGGACAGAAACCGGAGAGAGGACAGAGAGACAGUGAGGGAGAGCACCCACAGACCCAGCCCCAGACCCAGCCCCACUCCCAGCCGCAGAGAGUCCCAGUCUCUGUGGAGCCGGUCCAGUCAGAGCCAGGCUGCUGCAGCCCCGUCCCCGGUCCCCGUCAGCCCAGCUCCUGCUCCAGCUCCUGCUCCAGCUCCUGCUCCAGCCCCGGCUCCUGCUCCUGCUCCAGCUCCUGCUCCUGCAUCAAGUGGAGGUUCAGGGUUCAGUCGGAUGGCGUCCAUCGGCAGCAUCAGCAGCAUCUUCCGCUCCCAUCGGCGUGGCACCACCCCGGCUACUCCUGCUGCUCCUACAGGAAACCCAUGGGGGAUGAAUGCGGUGCCUGAAACACCCACAGAAAUUAACCCCGGUCUCUUCUUGGACCUGCCCACUCCGACCACCAUGAAUCACGCUCCUGCUUUCCCUGCAUUGAGAGAAAUCAACCUCGACAGCAUCCAGGCGCCCGAGCCGAGGACCAGAGAGGAGUUCCUACAGUACGCUGUGAUCUUGACUCUUGACCCGAACACGGCCCACCGGCGGCUGGCUCUCUCUGAGGGCAACACUAAGGCCACCCUGCAGGGGGCGGCCCAGCCCUACCCCGACUCCCCCCAGCGCUUCGAUGGCUGGACCCAGGUGAUGUGCACCGCCCCGCUGUACGGCCAGCGCUGCUACUGGGAGGUGGAGUGGAGGGGGCGGGGCUCCUCGAUGGGCGUGGUCUACGGGGCGCUGAGCAGGAAGGGCUCGGACGCCCGGGCGGGGCUCGGCUACAACGCCCGGUCCUGGAGCCUGGAGCUGUCGGACACCUGCUGCUCCGCCAUGCACGACAACGAGAAGAAGGACAUCCCGGUCACCUACUCGCCCCGGCUGGGCCUCUACCUGGACCUGUCGGUGGGCUCGCUGGCCUUCUACAGCGUGGCCGAGACCAUGACCCACCUGCACACCUUCCGCACCAACUUCACCCAGCCGCUGUACGCCGCCUUCGGGGUGGGCAGCGGGGUCGGGGUCGGGCUGGACUUCGCUCUGGGACAGUUCAGCUCCAGCUCUGACAGCAUCAAGAUCUGUCCCAUGUGAGGCUGCACCCAGAACACUCAAAGUACAAACUGACUGAAAGGGUUCUGGUUGCACCUGAAACCUUUUUCUUAUUUAAAGUGCACUUAGUGGAAGUUGGAUGGCUGAAUAUAAAUGUCCAGCCUCUGGACUUAGGAGCUGAAAUUUCAGCCGUAAAGACAGGCCUCGAGUCUGUUUCAUUCGUCUGUUCAUCUCAAAAGAUAACUACAUUUAUAGGCUUUUAUGUGAGUGAACAAAUUAUAUUCAUACAUUUCUUUUCACCCAGUCCAACACAGAAAUUAUUCUAAAUGAGGACAUGACAUUGACUAAAUAAAUUGGGUAUAACAGACCUUUUCUUAGCCUAUAUUUGGCACAACACUGCAAAAAAGUUGUUUAUACAGGUGCAUCUCAAUACAUUAGAAUAUGAUGUAAAAGUAAAUUUCCAGUAGUUCAAGUCAAACAGCCCCAACCAAGUAUUGAGUCAUAUAGAUGGACAUACUUUUCAGAGGCCAACAUUUCCAUAUUAAACAUACUUUUUAAAAUUGGUCUUUUGUGAUAUUCACAUUUUUUGAGACACUGAAUUUUAGGUCUUCAUUAA